GUCCGUCUUCCUGAACGCCCCUUCUACACUCACUCUGGGCCGGUCUCCUGACCCAACGAUGGAUUCGCCUCUGAACCUAACCUACUUUUCCCUCUCCACCCCCGCCCCUUUGGAGACCAACCGCAGCAGCCUUGACUCCGAAGACCCGCGCCCCAGCCCGCCCCUCCUCUCUGUCUUCGGUGUGCUUGUUCUGACCUUGCUGGGCUUUCUGGUGGCUGCGACGUUCUCCUGGAACCUCCUGGUGCUGGCGACCAUUCUCCGCGUGCGCACCUUCCAUCGAGUUCCGCACAACUUAGUGGCGUCCAUGGCCAUCUCGGAUGUGCUCGUGGCGGCUCUGGUCAUGCCACUGAGCCUGGUGCAUGAGCUGUCCGGCCGCCGUUGGCAGCUGGGCCGACGGCUCUGCCAGCUGUGGAUCGCGUGCGAUGUGCUCUGCUGUACGGCCAGCAUCUGGAAUGUGACGGCCAUCGCGCUGGACCGCUACUGGUCCAUCACCCGCCAUCUGGAAUACACACUCCGCGCCCGCAAGCGCGUCUCCAACUUAAUGAUAGUGCUCACCUGGGUGCUCUCCGCGGUGAUCUCCCUGGCACCGCUGCUCUUCGGCUGGGGGGAGACCUACUCUGAGGGCAGCGAGGAGUGCCAGGUGAGCCGCGAGCCCUCCUAUACCGUGUUCUCCACCGUGGGCGCCUUCUACCUGCCGCUCUGCGUGGUGCUCUUCGUGUACUGGAAGAUCUACAAGGCCGCCAAGUUCCGCGUGGGCUCCAGGAAGACCAACAGCGUCUCACCCUUAUCGGAGGCCGUGGAGGCGAAGACCUCUGCUCAGCAGCCCCAGAUGGUGUUCACUGUCCGCCACACCACCGUCACCUUCCAGACAGAAGGGGACACGUGGAGGGAACAGAAAGAGCAGAAAGCUGCCCUGAUGGUGGGCAUCCUCAUUGGGGUGUUUGCACUCUGCUGGAUCCCCUUCUUCACCACAGAGCUCAUCAGCCCCCUCUGCUCCUGCGACAUCCCCGCCAUCUGGAAGAGCAUCUUCCUUUGGCUGGGCUACUCCAACUCCUUCUUUAACCCCCUCAUCUAUACAGCUUUCAACAAGAACUACAAUAGCGCCUUCAAGAAUUUCUUUUCUAGGCAACACUGAGCAUGAGGCCUGGGGAUAAGAAGGAGCUAUCCCCUAACUCAGUGAAAUUUCCAACACCAUCUACUUCCCCAUCCC